AAGUACGUCCCUCUGAGCUCACUUCCGUCGGUUUGAGUUGGCUGUUCUUCCAGCGCCUCGCAGCUUUUGUUCUCCCAUUUCCAACUAGCCACCGCUGCUGAGUAGAGGGAACCAACCGGUUGGGAAGCGGCAAAGAGUAACGGACCCGUCGGUCGCACAAAAACGCCACAUGCAAAGCGCGGUCUGCAAAGAGGAUACGCGGUUCUCCGUAGUUACAUAAUUGGACUACUUUUUCCUCCCCGUAUACUGUUGGGUUUAUUUUUCUCCACGUUUUAUUUUUUGCACCGAAACUGACUGCCCCCCCUACACCUCUAAACUCAACAAAAUGGAGAACGACGACAAAUAUCUCCCCGAGCUUCUGGCGGAGAAGGACAGCCUGGACUCGUCGUUCACACAUGCCAUGAAACUUUUAAACGCGGAAAUUGACAGAAUCCAGAAAGGUGAGACUAAAAAGGAAACGGAGACAUACCUGGACCUUUUCACAACGAAGAACAUCAAACUCAAGGAGCGAGUACUCAUACCUGUCAAACAGUACCCGAAGUUCAAUUUCGUGGGGAAGAUUUUGGGACCUCAGGGCAACACAAUCAAACGUCUGCAGGAGGAGACUGGAGCCAAGAUCUCUGUGCUGGGCAAAGGAUCCAUGAGAGACAAAGCCAAGGAGGAGGGGCUGAGGAAAAGUGGCGAGCCCAAGUACGCCCACCUCUCCAUGGAGCUGCACGUGUUCAUCGAGGUUUUUGCGCCUGUGCCCGAGGCUUACCUGCGCAUGGCCCACGCCAUGGAGGAGGUCAAGAAGUUCCUGUUUCCGGAUAUGAUGGAUGAUAUCUGCCAGGAGCAGUUCAUGGAGAUGAGCUACCUGAACGGAGGCCAGGAUCACGGAGCCCGAGGCCGAGGUGGCCUGCCAGUCAGGGGCCGCGGUGUCCCCCCUGCAGGAGCACACAGGGGCAGGGGAAUGCCGCCUCGUGGUGCUGCCGCCAGGGGAGGUGUGACUCGAGGUGGCCCAGCCAGAGGUGGCGCAGUGAGGGGUGCCCCAGCAGGCAGAGGAGGACCUCCCGCAGCACCCGCCAGGGGAGCUGUGGCACCCCGUGCCAGACUCCCAGCUGGAGGACCUCCCCAGAGGAUGCCACCACCACCUCCCCACCAGCACAACCCCGGUGCAGCUGCCGAAGGCUAUGACGAAUAUGGCUACGAUGAGAGCUACACAGACACGGCCUACGAGUCUUACGACAGCUAUUACAGUCAGCCGCAGGCAGAGCCAGAAUAUUAUGACUAUGGACAUGGGGAGACCACAGAGUCAUACGAGUCCUAUGGCCAGGAUGAUUGGAACGGCACCCAGCGGACAACUUCAGGGAAGGCCCCUCCCCCCCCUCGAGGCAGCAAGACGACUUACCGGGAGCACCCAUAUCGACAGUACUGAAGCGGACUCGCCACCCUUAGUGUCGCCCUGACAAGCGCCUGUCUACCACGGCAGCUCUCGCUUUAAGAAGCCCGACAAAAGUAAUUGUCUGUUUUGUCUUUGGUUUGGUCUUUUCCUACACCGGACUUUAUACAAGAGAGCAAAUUGGGAACUGAAAAUCGGAACUGGUUUUUGAGAUUUGACCGCGAACUCCCUCCCCCACCCCUUCUUUGUCGCACCAACCAACCAUCCAACCAACCAAAGCGGCUUUUAGAUGGGUCAGAGAUGAGAAGUUGGCGUUCUAUAUCGUUUUUUGUUUGUUUGUUUUUUUUGGAGUUUUUUUUUUUUUUUUUUUUUAGUUUUGCUGUCAUUUUUAACUCUGACCCCUUUUACCCUCCUCUGGCUUUUUUUGCAUUGUUGAUCGUUAAUUUUUAAUUAUUUUAUUUUAUUUUUUUAACUGUUUGGGAGUAGUCGUUUCUAGUGGAGUUAGUGGCUCAUUAUCCACUUGUCUAAGGAAUCCAUUUUAAUUGUUUUUAUAUACAUAUAUAUAUAUAAAGAAUCUGUUGAGGGUCAGUUGCAGAUUCCCAUUUAGGCUACAUUUCAAAAUUCUGUUAAUAUAGCCAAAUAAAAGACCUUUUAAACGUUCAGUUAUGUAAUAUAGAAACAAACAAAAACCCAAAUCCUUAAAUGAAGCAAAGGCUAACUCAAGUACAAUUCAUUCUUGAUUAUGGUUUGUUGUUUAAAUAGUUCUAAAACGUUGUCCAUUUAGACUUAGGCAGCAAUAUUUGUCAUUGUACUUAGAGUUUUGAAAUAUAGCCCUAAUAGACACUGUUGAGAUGGACUGUCCUCAUAUCCUCAAUUUGUUUGUCAUGUUUAAAAACGAAAAAAUUAAUAAUUUUAAGACUGAAGACAAAAUGUUUGUUUAAUGAGAACACGGCCGAGACCUGAUCUCACCUGUUGUGCUAAAAGAAAAAAGAAAAACACGGUUCAGAUCUUGAUUUUGUGAUCUGACUCUACAUAAACUGCAUGCACAAAGUACACAAAGAAGGAUUGGGACAAAAAUCUCCACAUGGGUCUUCUCUUUCUAUAGAGAAGGGAUCCUGCAGCUCAAUCCGAACUCUUGUACAUAUUUUAAAACAUCCUAACUGUACUUAUUCUGCCACUAGUAUCUGUACCCUCUCCAUAAAAUGCAUUAUGCUACAUGUGUAAGCUUGCCUAAAUAGGUUACUAAAUCUGUCCAAAAGAUGUUUUGCAGCAGUUUGUCAAUAAAGCUUAGUUUGUUUUUUAUGAAACUUAACUUGCUUUAUUUGUUUCCUGUCCUAGUAAAAUUCUGAAAUGGCCUUUUUUAAACCAGCAGUCAGAUGUAGGUGUUUUCCUUUGUUUCUCAUUCAAAAGCGCUUUUUAAAUCUAAAUGAAUGUAUUGACGUCUGAAGACUUUAACCCUACUAAAUGAUGUCUUGAUUGAUUAUCAAAAGAGCACAACUUAUUCUUUCUCUCUCUUUCUAUACUUUUUAAAAAGGACCCAGAGGUAAGACCUCUAAAAUAACCUGGAUAGCUUCCUAAUGUGUAUAGAGUUCUAAAGCAUUGAAUGCCUGGGUACGUAUAAGACUUUUUCAAUCCUCCUACCUGUGGUCGUAAUCCUUAAUGAGAAUUGCUUUUAUAGCAUCUGAAAAUUAACUGAGUUCAAACCACCAUUCAGGUCUAGGCUUCAUUGUCAUGAUUGACAGCUGGCGCGAUGGCUACUUUAGUACAGAGUGUAAUGGCAGUGCAAUGGAGAGGAUGGUUAUAACCUAGAGAACUCCACUGUAAAGGUAACCUAACCCUAAAUGUUUAAUUUCUUAGUGUGUUUAUCCUUUGACAUAAACUUUCUGGUAAAUGCGUACAAUUUCUUAAAAUAUCAUUACAGUCAUGGCAUCAAAAAAGAAUCGACUCAAAAGCACAGCUAUCGGUCACUGACUGCCCGGAGACUGACGGUCUGCUGGACGGAGACCAUGCAAACGUCAGUUGAAGCCGUGCACGGAGGCAGCUCAGCAUGGUGUCGUGGUCAGACGGAGCUGAAAAGGAGCGGCCUCGAGGCCCAGUUCUGUUCCUGGCAGGGGUUGUGGGAGGUGAUGGGGGUGGGGGAAGGGAAGAGGAGCAAAUGGGUGGUGAGAGGUGGCCGGCUGCCAUGUCAUCCAAAGGAGCCAGCUGAUUUAGAGGUUGGGGGGAGAUGAGGAAAAAGAGAAAGGAGCCGGUUGAGACUGCAGCUGGUCAGCGAGCAGAGACGCCGGGGCCGACUGAGAAUCCAGAGACUCCCAUUUCACGUGGACUCUUUCCUAUUUAUAUAUUUCUCGUCACUGUCGAAUUAGAGCGCAUUAUCCUUGUUAAUUAUUUUCAAGUCUGGAAGACGCCCACUCGAAGCCCUUGCUGAUUGUGCACACUUUUGCGCGUGGCUUCCGCAGACCACCCCGUGGUCCGAGCAAUGUAAUUGUCACAGCCUAAUUUACCAUAAAAUGAGCGCUCCUGUUAUAGCAGGCUGUGAAAUCAUUUUUAAUUUCUUUUAACCCUUGAAUUUGACGUAAAAGGAAACUCUUAUUUCCACCAAGGCGAGCUGUAUCCGUUUCACCAGCCAGCAGUUUUGUAUCCCGGCACUGAAUUAGAAUCCAGGCUCAAGAGUUAGAAAUGAUCGGUAUCUCGCUGCGGACGAGUUCGCGACGUGCACGCUCGCCACCUCUCGCACGAGCCCCGCGUGACGCCGCGGAUAACGAAUGCUAAUGCGGCGCUUCCUAUUUGCAUGUGCUUGCAUGUACCCUCGCCGCGUAUGUGAAAGGCUUUCAUAAGCAGCGCUGGCCUGUUCUCUGCAGUUCAGCAUCCAAGAAUUAUAAUUCGACGAGAUGGAGUCGCAUGUGAGAAAGGGACGGAGAGUGAAGGCAGACAUUACUAACAUCCCUGCCAUCCAUCCAUCCAUCUAUCCAUCAUGCUUGUGUUGAUUUGAUUCCCCUCUCUGCCAUUUUCUGCCAUUAUCACUGAUGAUAUUACAGCUGCCUGUGGUGCCGAGUUACAUUUAGAGGUCAAAACUGUACUUUCCUGUAUUAAAAACAAAUUUGUGUCCCGAUCCGCUGGUCAGAGGCAGCAUUAGCCAAGUCAGAGGCUCCAUUUCGUUUAUUGAAAAAGCCAGCAGCUCGGAGGAUAGAACAUUAGAUAUUAGGAUAGAAACCAUCAUUUGAGAUGAAAUGUCACCGGGCCAUAGCCAAAACAGACCAUUUUUCAGUCUUUAUGUGCCAUUAUGUCUAAAAUAAUGAUUUCUGCGUCUCCUGUAAUCUAAUGAAAGAUGAGUGAUGGUGUGGAAGCCGCCUCCUUUGUUUGGAUCGAUGGAACUGUCAAAAGUGUGAGGUUUGGAAGUAAAUACUACUGUGCAUUGAUCAAUAAAGGUUGACUUGAAUAUAAAA